GGAGCCAGAGGGGCCGACGUCAGGCGCGGCGGAGACCCAGUCGUGCAGCACCCUCAUCCGCCAGGAGCAGGAGGCCAAGCGCGAGCAGCACGCGCGGGUGCAGCAGAAGCGGCGCAGGGGCAGCAACAUGCCAGUAAAGAAGAUCAGCGAUGAAGCACUGGACCUGGCCGAAUACACAAAGAACCAGGCCUGGUGGCGCAAGCUGUUUGGACCUAGCUCCGGUUCGAGCAAGGAAAAGUACAACGUAGCUACCCAGCUGGCUAUAGGAGGCGUCACAGGAUGGUGCACUGGCUUCAUCUUUCAGAAGGUUGGGAAACUGGCUGCAACUGCCGUGGGUGGUGGCUUCUUCCUGCUUCAGAUUGCGAACCACACAGGAUACAUCAAAGUCGACUGGCAGAUGGUGGAGCGGGACGUGAGCAAAGCCAAGGAGCAGCUGAAGUUCCACGGCACCACCACCAACCAGCUGGCACCAGAGGUCAAGUCCCAAGUAGAUGAGGUGAUCUCUUUUCUGAAGAAGAACGUUAUCCUGACGGGUGGGUUUGUCGGAGGGUUUCUUCUCGGCAUGGCCUCAUAGGAGACACCUGGAUCUGGAAACUCCCUGCACUGCUGUCUCCCGCUCUGUAGCCGCUGGACCACUCCAUCGGCAGACCUGGAACGUUGCUCCUCCAGACCUCCACUUUGUACGUGAAUCAUGGGCUCCAGAAAUGUUGCCAUGGUC